ACUAUUCUACUAACGCCGUUACGAAACCUAGCAAUUAGCUUAUGGUUAGCACAAAACGUCUAGAAACAAAUCAAGAGAGUAGGACCCUAGUUUCUGGUCAUCCGUAGAUCGUCUUCCUUGAAUGAAACCGGUGAGGGCCGUGCAACGAGACACCAAAUGAGUCAGUCAAAUUGGGCAGAGGAAUGGUCCCUGUUUUUCAAAAUCCUAUCUUAUAACCACAUAGGAAACCCACGGCGCACGCCAUGCAUGACAUUAAUCUUCCCUCUCGAAAUACUACCGUCCAAAUUUCCUCCAGCACUUGGGAACCUCCCUCUCCCUCCUCACCAUCCCAUAUAAUACCAAAACAUAACCCAAUUCUGCAAAAGCUGGCUAGAGAGCAGCAAUUCAAGAAGAAGAAGAUUACAAUCAUGACGUGCUUCGUUCCAUUGAACAACCAGACUCUUGACAUAACCUUCAUCGUGCUCAGACCCACGGUGGUGAUCGUCGACGAAGCGGUGGAGCAUCUCAAGCACUUCUCCUCCGCCACGCGGGAUCUCGGCUGCGUCGCCAGUUCCAUACUCAAGAGCAUCCAUGGCAACAUGAUCUUAUGGUACGGAGCCUGGACUAAAGAAUCCGCCCAAAACAGAGACUUCCUCACCGCCGCCCUCCUCACCCUGCUGGCGGAGAUUCUGCCGGGGAAGGCGGUCCUGAUCGAGCACGGCUUCUACGACGCCUACGCCGGGGAAACCAAAGACGGCUCGCCCGCCGCCAGAUUCUCCACCGGAGAUGCCGUCUCCAUGAGCGUGGUCAUCCCCAGACCCGGGCGGGCGGCGGCCGCGGGGCAGAAUUGUUACGAGGAGGUGUCGUAUGCAAACCUGGCGCUGUUUAAAUCCGGGUUUCGGAAGAUGGAAGGGGCCGUUUCCGGCGUGUGCCUCGGCUGCCCAGCGCUGCCGCGGCUGGCGUGUUUCUAUGUGUGGAAAUCGUUGCGGCACUGCUACUCGUGGGUUCUCGACUCCGACUGCCGCUCCGCCGCCUUGCCGUACCUCGAUCACCUAGAUCUGGAUAUCAAGUACGAUGUUUUCAGGGUGGCGUACGUCCACGACGGUCGGGGUAGAUUUCCGGCCGGUCUUGUGGUUCCCACACGCCGCCCUGUUUUGGAGAAUACAGCGCCAGGGAAAGAGGCUGCCGCCGCCGUGGGGCAGGUAGGGCGGCUAGAGGGCAAAUCGGAUAAGACAAAUCAGAUUAUUAAAUAACAAUGUAAAUGAUGCUUUUAAGGUGCAUUUGAUAUGAAUUAUAGAAGUUGUAAAUUGUUUUGCAAAACUUCAAUUUCAUGUUGGCCCUUGUUCAUUUUUGUCGUAAGGUUUGUUUUAUCAUGUAUUCACCAUUAUGGUUAGGAUUUGGUUCAGUUACCGUUAGUCACACAAAAUAAAAGUUUUGGAGUAAGAUGGAAUGUCAAACCACAAUCGCGUAAUAUGCGGUAUAUCAUAAACCGUAAAGUAUAAUUUGUGGUCAACUGUAAAACAAACCGAACUAACUGUUUUAGUCCUUUUGGACGACGGCACGAUGAAAAAAAGCAAGUGCAUAUGAAACAUGGAUGGCGAAACGUUGGAAGAGUGAGGCAUAGAUCUAACUAGCUUAUAACCCGGUCUAUUGGCCGGAAUGUUCAUAUUUUAAUAUUUAUAUUUUAAUGUUAUGUUUAAGUCUAUUAAUUCGUUUAAGUUUAUUGAAAAUCAUUCAAUCGAGAUGCUACAUAAAGAAUGAAUAUAUAGGUCGAAUAUUUAGGGAAAUACCCUCCUUAUUUAAGAAUAUAAAAAUAUAUUAUUAAUCCCAUUUUCAUAAUGAUAAUUGAGCCCCCAUUAAAAUGAUAUUGGUUAAUAGAUUGUCCAGAAAUAUAUAAUAUAAAAGCUCAUUGGAAUUCCCACACGAUCCAUAGAUAGUUUGAAACUGAAAUGAAACCUCACAAUCCUACAUAAAUGGUUCAAAGCUCUCCUCUAUGAAUAACAUGCCACUAAUAAAAAAGAAAUGGAUUUAUUAAAAAACAGAAAUGAAGAGUUGUUGAUUCAAGUAAAUCAUAUGCUAACAACUCAACUAAAAAGAAACCAUCAAAACUUGAGAGCAAAUGACAAAAUUAGAGUUACAUCCAAUAUACUAAUAGACUCGAUCAAAGUAGUGAGGCACAAAAUUAGACACUCCUUAUCUAGAGGUUCCAGUAGUUUAAAUAGUGAAUCGACCUUAACUUUAGUAAUUCAAUCAAUGAUUCCUCGUUUUAACAUAAACAUAGGUUGUGGUAGUUGCAACAACCAUAACACCUAAAGAUCCAAUAGUUUCCACUCACCGUUGUACAACCAACUUUUUAUCCCCUCCAUCUUCAAUCUCUCGACGUAUAUGUUUUAAAACAAAAUUCAAUUUCUAAUCCUCCUUCUGCAACUCCAUUUAUGCUACUUUGAUGGACCUUCUCUCCAUGAACCUGAAUUUCUCUUUCAAUUGAGUUUCUUGUCAGCUUGAUCUCCAACUCCUCAAUCCUCUUUCUUGUAUUUGGCCAACCCAUCUUCCUCGAGGAAGUUUUAAUAAGCUCGUAAAACCAACACUCAUCUUCAAUUCCAUCAAUAUGUUCUUCUCCUCCUUCUAUGCCUUCACCUGAUCCAGUUCACUUCCAUGCCCUUCAAUACCCUCACCAUUUUCAUUAAUAUCCUGAUCAUCUCCCACUUCUCCCUCUUCAACUGCUCCGAUUUUGCUUCUAUGUCUUUCAAUACCCUCCUUGGUUCAAUCACUACCCUGACCAACUGCCUCUUCAUUGUCUUCACUUGUUGCAAACUACUUCCAUGACUUUUUAUACACCUUCCUCAAAAUCACAAUCAACUAACCAAUAUCAGUUCAUGGCCUUGAAUCAGUUUUAAACUCUCUAUGAACAUCUAAAUACCAAAAAGUCUAAAUCUAAAUAUUCUUUCAGUUAAUCAUGCACUUGAGUUUAUCAAAAUCUAAUCCACUCCUUCUAAGUUGGAAUUCCCAUCCCCCAAGCUCAUUUUUUGGUUCAUUUGAUCGCACAUAACCAUGAUAUUACACCUCUAACUAAAAUAAAUCAAAGCAUUUUAC